UUCAAAAACGUUCAAACGUAAACACGGAACUCCGAAGAAACCGCUAAAAAAUAUGGACGAUUUAAAGAAAGCCGAAUUGCAAGCAAUGCAGGAAUUUCUACGUGAAUUUCCGUUCCUCGUCGAACUAGGCCACUUCCACUUCAUCGGUCUGUACAAGCGGAUCUACAAAUUAGAUAUGCGGUUCCCGAGGUUCCCCAGUGCCGAACAGCACUACCUAGCCAUACAUCGCGGGCACAUUAGAGUCCCUGUGACUGUCGAACGACUGUCCUUCAACGACGCAAAAUCCUUUGUCAAAAGCAUUCUCGAGGCGCUUAACGGACAAACGAAGGAUGAUGGAACCACCGCGUGCCUACUACAAGGGACCCGUGAUCUGACCGCGAUCGCAUUUGAACUGCUUUCGAUUCAACAGCAGUAUCGAUGUGAUGUGGCCUUCAAUCCAGAUAUUACUCACAUAGAAAUCACGGCCUUGCGACAGGGCAAACAGCACAUGCUAGUGCUGAACCGUACAUCGGGUCAGCAAUUUAAAAUCACCCGCCACACACUUCCUGAGCCGGCCGUGACGGAAUCCUUCCAACGCCAGACGACUCUCGAGCGUCAUUGGCAGAUUUUUUGCGAUACGCUUGAUCAACUGGAAGAGUUUUACGGUAACCUGAGUACCAUCGACGAGCUAUGCUAUGUCGUGCAUCCUACCCACAUCGAUACAAAGACCUCCUGGAGGGUGUUCAAGUACGAUCGAAAAGUGUUUCUUAAGGUAGCACUCCAUCCGCUGCAACCGACAGCCGUCGAUAUCUCAUUCAUAGGACCGACACGGAUGGUUUCCGGUUUGAGGGAACAGUACAGCGAGAAACAAGACGAAUGGGAUACGGAGUGUAACGUGUACACUAACCUGCUAAGAAUAUUCGACAAAAUGUCCUUCCCCAUGCGCCCGAUCGAUCCAGCCGAGGCCGGGGCGGAGGGCGAGGAUGACUGUGGUAUUUGCAUGGGUUACCGCGAUACGGAUAACCGCAUCCCCAUCGUUUCAUGUGAUAAUGAAAAGUGUUCCCUCAUUUUUCAUGUCUUCUGUCUAAAGGAGUGGUUCGCUACGCAGCGGGAAAGCAAAAAGUUUUUUACCAUCUCGAUUGGAAAUUGUCCCUACUGUAAGCACAAGAUAUCUUCCAGUUUCGACGAUCUGAUUGCCCUAUGAGAAAAUACAUAUUUAGCAUAUCCCU